AUGUUCCGUGGUCUGUUGGGCGGGGCAGGCCGGCAGUGGCGUUCAGAGCGGCGGCUUGCGACUGUAAUGGGCGCCACGCGUAGAAACCCUGCGCAGAAGUCGACGUAUCGCAUCAGUAGAACACAACUGGCGAAACAGAGUGCAUUGCGGGGGAACGAGGAUGCAAACCGAAAGCAAAAAGGCUCAAUGGGCCGAUCUAUUAGCUGCAGCGAUCUCUCGCAUGCGGACGUGGAAUUUUUACGCGGCCAGCAGGACGAGGCGCUUGCGGAGCAAGACGCAUGCGUGAGAUCCCCCACGCGCGACGCAGGUGCCGCCCAAUACCGUCUGCGUUCUUCGGCUUCUCCACAGCAACUACGGUACGGCAGUGUGGAUUCCGCUAGCGGCAAGAGCAUCGUUCAAGAGCGCUUUGAUGCGCUGGUGCAUGACGCGCUGUUGAAGUAUGGUCCUCCGCUUCCUGCCGAAUUCGUCUCGGAAAAUGAUAUCAUCGCACCAUUUGCCGCCAGUAACGAUUCUGCUGCGCCCGCAUCGUCGCAGAAGGAGGACCCUGGCGCCCACUACUUUUACGAUGAGGUGCAAGUCAGACCUCAGGAACUCUUUGGUAUCAUUCGACAGCUAGACCCUUCGUUUAGUGUUCGUACGCAUGCUGACGGCGUCCCCUUCUCGUUGCUCAUUAAAAACUGCCUCUAUCUUAGAGCCUGGGGAGGGAAGGUGCACUUCAUGCGCUGCCUGAGACGUCUGCCGCUGCGCACCGGUGGGGACGGCGAAGGUGAGGAAGCAGUGCGUGGGGAGGUAACGACGACGCUUGCAACGUACAAGAUGAGGGAGUCCCCCUCAUUCGAUGGCGUUCGCCAGGGCCCCCAGCCGUGGCUGUAUAACUAUCGCAUGAUGUGA